CGCGGCUCGGGAGGAGGUACCCUGACAGGCCCAACCGGACGCGGGGAGGGAGCGAGAAGGGCAGGCGGGGCGUGCACGCCUCUUCCGCCCUGGGCCCGGAAGGGUGAUGUGGCUGGGGCUUCGCCGGCCUCACUAUGUCUGCCAUUUUCAAUUUUCAGAGUCUGUUGACUGUAAUCUUGCUGCUUAUAUGUACCUGUGCUUAUAUCCGAUCCUUGGCACCCAGCCUCCUGGACAGAAAUAAAACUGGAUUGUUGGGUAUAUUUUGGAAGUGUGCCAGAAUUGGUGAACGGAAGAGUCCUUACGUUGCAGUAUGCUGUGUAGUGAUGGCCUUCAGCAUCCUCUUCAUACAGUAGCUUGGAAGAAUAUCAGAAUCUAAUUGCUAUCAGAUUUCAGUAUGAAAAAAGGACUUAUUUACAGAAAAUAAUGGAAGGAAUGGUUAACCCUUUUAUCUUUGAACAUUGAAUGAGAUAAAUUUCCAGCUGCUGUUCUCUAUUUUUAUUAUUGGACCAAUGUUCUAUAUAAAUAGGAUGUAACCAUUUAAUACUCAAAGAGUUAAAUAUGCCUGUAACAAUCAACCUUAGUACUGUCACUACAAUACUACGUUCUGCAAAUGUUAUUCUGUUAUGUCAGAUACCAGUUUUUAGUGAGGUAUCUCUAAGGCGCAUAAUAGAAAACAAAAUUGGUAAAUGACCCAAGUUUCUUUCACUGUGAUUUGGGAAUGAUAAAUCCUUAUAGAAUGAGACAUUUUUCUGGACUAGCUUUUUUAUUGGGGGAGAAAAAAAAGGUUCCAUUUGUGUUGGUAAGGAUUGCAUUCAUAUUUAAUAAUGCUUGCUUUUCCUCUGGUCACAGCAGAGCAUUAACAGAGUACCUCGAAGCAGACUCUCUAGUGUAUCCCAGGUGUUUCAGCCUUUUAUAACAAGCCUAUGCAGUUCUUAAGGAAGAAGAUAAAUGAGAUCAGACUUAAGAGUAGUAUCGGGAAGAUGUUCACACUUAGCAUAAAGAGUUUAGAAUAGCUGACUGGCAUAGUAGGCUCUGAAAACUCUGCAUAAGUAUGGAUAAAUAUCUGAAGCAUAAAUCUGACCAGAUGUCAUUCUCUAAAUAAGACUGCAUUCUUAGAGUGAAAAUAGCAAAAUAGAACAAUUACAGAAUGGUUAUCCUAUUUGUGUUUUGAAUUCUUUUUUUUUUUUUAGUGUCAGGUCUCCACUUAUUUUGAUUGCCCCAAAACACAAACUGUAUUUUGUUUGUUUUUAAAUACAGCACUUUAAAUCUAGUUUACUUUUUGUGUGUCAACUUGAACUAGAAUCUGCUGCAUAACUCAGUAGGUGAUGAUAACAGUUUUCAAAUCUGCUUAUCCAUAUACCUUGUCAUUAAGUGUCUUUGAGUUUUGAUAAAGAGCUUCAACAGUUUCCAUCAAAGCAAGGGAAACGUUUGGAGUGUGACUUAAAAAUUUUGCAGUAGAGCAGUUUAUUAUAAGUUUAGUUAUCAUUUCUUAAGUUUCAGCUGAAAUUCUGUUAGAAUUUCAAAGCUAAGAGGAACUUAAACACUUAGCUAAAAAUUGCCCAUCAUAGGUAGUACUAAUUAGAUAUUGUCCUCAGCUAUUAAUUCCUUUUCUUUUUUUAAGAAAAGAAUAUUAGAAGUAUUUGAAAAUGAGUCUGCCAGUAGCUCUUUCUGUAGAAACAAAGUUUGGAACUAAAAGCCAUCUAUUUUUAAAGAGCACUUUUAAAGUACUUGAAAAGAAUUCUAGGAAACACGUAAGAAAAGCUUGUUAAGUAUUGCCUCUUACAAAAGAUAAAAGCUGCUGUAGGCUAUCAGUAUAAUUGUUUAUUUUCUAUUUUUGGCAUAUCUCGCUUGCUAAAAGUUGUAUAUUUUGCUUUAGGCAGGGAAUCAGGUUAUGAUCAUUGUGCCUACUCUGAACUCUCUUGGGCUUUGCGUCAGGUCAAGAAUUUUCAGGGUAUCCUAAAAAUAGGACUCUUAUCAGUGUAUACAUGCAGAGUUAGUCACCUUUCUGGGUCUGGCUCCAGAGUGGCCAUCUGUUGUCCCACUCUGUUGCCAACUAGACUUUCCAAAAGCUAUGUCAACUAAUUUUUUAUAUGCUAACACAAAUCUAAUAUGAAUAAAGGGAAGAAUAGAUAAUCAGUUCUAGGGCACUUCUUUAAUUUUGGCAUUUUGGAGAAGGUAGGUGGUAAGUGGAGGAAGAAAUAAUUUCUUUGAAAAAUUUGUAGUAACAUACAAAAAAUCUUGCUGUGUGUAGAUGCUCAACAGAGUGGGAGGCAGCUUAUUUCUGACCCCAGACACUGUGACCUUUUGAAACACAAGCUCUUUGGGAGAUAGAGGAAAGACAGGAUUCUAUGAAGAAAAGCAAUUAACAUUUUCUUUAAUGUACUUUUUUCAAACACUGAAUCCUGUUCUCUACCCCCAAAGGGCAGCGGAGGUAGUUUUAGGCCCACAGAAUAUUCAGAUAUUCCUGUUGUGGUCUUGGUGGGGUGGUAGGAUGCAGAAGAGGAUUAAGGAUCAGUUUAGCACCAGAUAGACUGCCUCUGUCACAUAGUCUUACUGCAGGGCCGGAAGGGGUGGAUGGUGGGCAUGGAGGUCCACAGCGUCCAAGGUUUGGAUACUAUCCCUAACCUCUUUCCUGGCUCCAGAAUUUUUGAUUCCAUCUCUCCUGGAAAUUGUUCUGUGCUGAUACUUGGUUCCUGAAUGGCCUCAGCUUUGUCCAUGGCAGGAGCUGGUCUUCCUUCUGGGCAGUCUUAAAAGAUGGUCAGUUAAAAGGCCACUUAGUCUGUUGAAUUCCCUCAGGAGCUUAAAAAAAUCUGGACUCAAGUCCAGUGUCUUGUAAAUGCCUGUGCCCCUGUGCCAGGCACUUUCCAUGUUCAAGUUCAAAACAGCCUCUUCACACUAGGGAUAAUAGAAAUAGGUCAUCUGUAACGGAUUUCUGCAUCUUAGUAACAUGCACAUCAAUAGAAGAGGUCAGAAUGAAGUGACUUCUCCAGGUGGACAGAGUGAAAAAUGGUCUCUGCCUAGUUUUGUGGAAAAGACCUAGCAUUUGUAAAUAGAAUUUAUACAUUUGACCCUUCUUUCAAGAAGCAUUUAUGGAGUAUACAGUACCUUAUCACUGAAGACAGAAAAACAAGUACAUUAAUUUCUGUCCUCUAGUAGUGCACAGUGCAGUAGAUGAGAGAGAUGAAAUUACUUAUACAAAGUGCAAUGUGAUAGCGUUUAUUAUUGAAAUAAUGCCAGGAUAUUGGAAGAAAAUAAGGGUGACAACUUAAGAGGUAAGAAUUUCCUGACAGAGAAUUAGUGCUUAAGCUGAAUUUAAGAGCCAGGUGCAAAAGCACCAGUGGUAUGUUAUGAACCAUAAGCACCUAGCUUGUUGUGCCACUUCGGGAGUAUUAAGACAAUAAGCCUAUAAAGGUGGACAGAGGUUAGAUCCUAGAGGGUCUUGUAUUUUUUCUCGCUAUUACCUACCUCAAAAUUGAAGUUGAAUAUAUGUUCCCUCCUGCCUGGGGGGGGGGGGGGGACUUUGCUGUAUGUGUAAACAAGGUUAAGUAUAUCCAUGCCAACCUUAAUUUGGACCAGGAAUACAAUAGUAUGCUCUCCAGAGACUCCCCUGUGUAGUAUAUAAAGCCAAGGUAACAGUCAGGUCACGUAUUUUCAGUUCAUACUCCGUCAAUGCCUAAAGCAGCCAUGAUUCUCAGAGCACACAUCUGCACAAGAAGUGGAGGUGGUUGCACUGUCUACGUUUCCUAGAUGCACAGGAAAGAUUUCUAGUAAGCAAGGACUUGUACUCUCUUCAAAAGCUUUGGGAAGGUGCUGGAUCAUAGGAAGCUGAAAGGAACUGAAGAUUCUUAGGGACCACUUUGAACUUUAUUUGGUGUUCAGUAAACAGUACAUGUUCAAAAUAGAAGUAACAGUAAUAGCGUUGUGAAUAUGAUAGCCUUGUUAGUCUCAAUCAGCAAGUUACCACUGGCUUCCAAAAAUAGCUUCAUAAUUAACGUCAUUUAUAUACUGCCUCCCAUGAUUUCUUUUACUUUGCCCUAAACUAAUCCCAAAAUAAUCUGAAAUGCACCUCCGACAUCAAAAAAGGAGGAAAGUGGAAAUCCAUUUCCUGUGAUUUUAAGAGAACAGAAUCAUCCUCUGGUUAGUGAACAUGUCUAUGGUGUGUAAUAAAAAUCAGAACGAACUCUCAAGAGCCUCCCAAUUUUGUCUUACUGUCAGAUGAGUAGGAACAGUUUAAGAGGUUAAAAAAUUGAAAUUGGCACCUUUUGAGUAAGAUGGGAAAAGAGAAGUGUUUCUGUUCAUUUUACCCGCAUUUUAAUUCACGGCUGGUCAAGAUUCUUUUGGGGGAAUUUGUUGUUUUGCAUCUUAAAGCUGUUAUAUUAUAUUGCCAUUUCUCUGAAGGAAACUUCAAGAACCUAAAUGACUUACUUUAGAUAGGAAGUCAUUGAUUCACACACCCCCAGAUACAGCAGAAAUUGGAUUCUGAAUGAAAGUGACAGCAUUAAUUGUUGACAGUUACUUUAACCUUGUCCUCCACUAAGAGCCUUGAGAUACCCAAACAUUCAAUCCAAAAUCUGUGAGCCGUGUCCAUCAAUUAUUCAGUUUAUGCCAUUUAUUAAGAAAUAUGACAAAGUCUAUAUAUACUAUGUACUUUGCUUUGCACAGCAUGGUCUUUCUACUGUUAUCUUUCCAGCACUGAACUGACACAGAUAAACUUUUGUUACACCUGUAACUAGAAAGGAUUUACUUAACCAAAUGAAUUGGAACAACUAUUUUUUAGUUGAACUUUGAACUCAAAAAACAUUUUCAGGUAUGAAUAGAAAAACAGUAUGUUAGUUAUUUCCUUCAGUGUAUAUUGUAAACCUCCCUCACUGCUCCAUCAUAACUACCAGUUGAUCUGAGACUUUAGAGAGAAAAAUCACUAAAUUUCUGAUUCCUAACUCAGGUCAAAACAAUUAAAAAUGGCUUUGCUUGAGACCAUUGAA